AGUGAGAGGUGUGAGGUGCGACAGUCAGCGUGGUGGUGGUGACAGAAGCAGAGGUAUCUUUCACACUCUUCUUGUCGCUAACCACGCUCGCCGAGCCGCCACUGCAGCUCCUACUCUCACAUAUUCCAAAUCCACAAUACAGACUGAUAAAAAAAAAAUAAUCUUCUCAAGCGUUCAUCAAAAUUGAAGCUGACAACAAGUUAUCCCGUGAAGAGACAGCUGGAGAAGAUAUGAAGUAAUCUGUCGUACACUAACACAUUCCAUGUUUCAUGGUGUCUCUGCAGCUAUCAGGAUUCAUCUAUAACAAGGCCUCGACGCAAUGUUUAGGUUCCACAGCGUCUUGUUACUGCUGGUAACUUAUUCAGGAAAUUUUGGGCGACUGUUGCUGGCAACUAAAUUUUCGGCACUCGAUGAUUGUGCCUCUUUUCCGGUAGCAUCACUGAUGAACACCGACUGUGUUAGAAUAACAGUAUAUAACAGGCGGACGUUUCCCUUUACUUUUAAUGACCCGCGAAUGCUGUUGCAGCCACAUUCUGAAACCUUGCAAGACGACGCAGACAGCGUGCUCAAGUUUGCCACGAAUAACCUGGAACAAUCUAUAAAAGAAAAUUUACCUCAGAGGGAAACAGAGAAUUAUCAGGAACCUCAAAAGAAUGACCUACUUCAGGCUAAUAUAAACACCUUGAUUAUACCAACCAAGGAGGAACUUCAGCAGCCUAUUAACAAGAUCCCGCAUCAGACUAGGAGACGAGGUCUGGUGACACCUACGAAUGAAGACGUGCAUGAACAGUUACUGGAGGACCAGCAGCAGGGCGAGGUGUGGGCGCUACUGGAAAAGACAGUGUGGGCGUGCCACCAACUCCUCCAGUACUUCGACGCUCACCUCACACAGAUGAACUUCGAUGCUGUCCUUGGUACUCGCAUCGCUGAAGGUGAGGAAAAGUUGGUGGAGAAGCAGUCUGAUGAGUGUCUGGCUGAGUUACUUGGGGGCACCGUGUACCAUGACGGUGGUGUUGACGAGGACACCAGCGGUGGUGAUGUGCUUUGCAUUGUAAGUCAAAAAUGCUGGCAACGCAUGACUGCUCAAGGCUACUCGGGAUAUUCACUCACACAUCAAGUCUUCUACCUCACCAUAGGACUACGGGCAGGGUGUGGCGAGCAACUGGAGCUGCUGGCUGCGAGGGAUGGUGGUGUUAAUGGUGGUGCUAGGAGUGAUGUGACGCACAUCUUGGCGGAGCUGUGCACCGCGGUAUUACAAGAAGCUACCGCCAUCUCUCAGGCUGGCUUCCCAGACUAUCGUCGCGACCUCUUCAUGGAACAAGGUGCACUCUGUGGAAUCCUCGGGUACAGGAAUUUCUUCAAGAAGGACUGGCUGUCUCGGGUUCUCUCUUGGCAGAAGGAUCCAGGAUGUUUUGGAGCUUCAUCUGUUAUCCCUGACCAGCUCUCCACCACACCUGACCAGCUCUCCACCACACCUGACCAGCUCUCCACCACACCUGACCAGCUCUCCACCACACCUGACCAGCUCUCCACCACACCUCACCACACAAGAAUGCGUCGCGAGGAGCGCCCCAUGGGCGGACACUGCCUGGCACACCGAUCAGCAGUCGCUCUGGGCUACCUCAGUCUCUCAGUUCGAUUCCUGGUUACCGUCCUCUAGAUGUUUUGAGGAUGUCCCCUCUGCUGUUUCUGCUUCAGUCGAGCUUCAUCCUUGACGCACUUAUACACCACUCACACAAUGUAUGAGCAUCACCGGCAAGACAGAAUUGUCCAAAUUUGUGCUCUCUCUGUAGCGCCACUUAAAAGUAAGGGCAAUGUCUCAAAAAGGAGAAUAACAUAACACUAACAUUGUGUAAAUGCUAAUAAAAUAUAAUCAUUAAA